GUUCCCAUUUGAUUUGGUUGCUUGAACGUAGGCUCAAACUCAGCCAAUGACGAAGCGAUCAGCCGUGGUUCGUGGCAAGAUAAAUCAUGAAAGCGAACAAUUCUCUCAUAUCCUUUGUUUAUGAGAGAAGGGAGCAACAUCAGCGGAUUUAAACGGACAGAUAUCGCUGGACAUUCCAUAACAUGAGAAUGUCUCUUGUGGAGGAGCGAGAGAAGGCCACCCUCAGGCAAUGUGUGCAGGCCCGCUCUCAGCUGGAGGAGGCCAUCGGUGGGGUGACGAGGGCUGAGGCCCAGCUCAAGGACAACUCCAGAGAGGUGAAGUCCCAGCUUCACACCUGUAUCAGCAGACACCUGGAGUUUAUGCGUUCCCGUGAGGUGUGGCUGCUGGAGCAGAUUAACCUUGUGGAGCAGCUAAAGGGAGAGGCUCUGCAGGCGCAGCUGCAUCAGCUUCACUGUCUCCGAGGCCAGUUUGACAUUCUCAUUCAUCAGCUAGAGAACUCCAACAGCAACAAUCUGGCCAACCAGCUCACCAGCUGCAUGGAAAAGUUAUCUUCCCUGAACUUGACUCCUGAGGAAACCCCUGAGAUGAGCUUCCAGGCUGACACUCGUUCCCUGCGUCAGGCCAUCACCUCCUUUGGAACCAUUGCCACCCAGCACAUGGAAGUAGGACCUGUGCUGAAUAGUGUCCCUCAAAAAUCGAAUACUAGCGAGCAACCUUGGCUUCAGCAGAGCUUUCCAAUCGCAGCUAAGAAACUGAGGGUGGAGUCUGCACCUCUUUCCGACUGGCUCCUUGGAAACCGUCCAGUGACUACUACCCCAGUUGGAUACCAGUCAAGCAAGAACCCACAGGAUUGGUUGAUCCCCCGCAAGGAAAUUCAGUCAUCCUGCCCUAAGGCCCCCUUUGACUUCCUCAAGUCCUGGGGCCACCGGAUGGACCUGGAGCUGUGGCUGCUGAAGGAGGAGACUCCCAUCAGAGAGAGAACCAACAGUAUCUGUAGCACAAGCAGCAGCUCAAACUUCUCCAUUGAGAAGAUUGAUGAGUCUGAGUUAGAAAUGGCUCUGGAGGAGGAAGAGAUGGCAGAGAUGGAGACACUGAGUGACUGGCUCAUCACCCCAGCUACUGUUGCCAAGGAGACCACCAGCGAGAGCUGCCAGGCCUCUGAUGUUGACAGGCAAAAGCAGGUCUCCAACCCUUUCCAGGAGAGCUUCCACGCCAGCGAUUGGCUGCUCAAAUCAGACUGCGGCUCUUGCUGUGACAAGUCCGUGGAGAUUGAGAACCUGGGCAAAAUCUUGUGCCUGAAAACCACCCCCACCUCUGCUGCCACCACACCCCAGACCCCCAACACACCCCAGGUCUCCAACCUUUUCCAGGUGAGCUUCCACGCCAGCGAUUGGCUGCUUAAAUCAGACUGCGGCUCUUGCUGUGACAAGUCCGUGGAGAUUGAGAACCUGGGAAAAAUCUUGUGCCUAAAAACCACCCCCACCUCUGCUGCCACCACACCCCAGACACCCAACCCUGUAGACAACUGGCUGCAGCAGGCCAUUCCAGGCCAGCAGUCCUGCAAAGCCAACUCGUCCUGCACCAGCUUCUCCGAGUGUGUGUGUGAUGAGAACUGCGGCAAAGAGGCCCUCUCCACCUGGCUCCUCAAGAAGGAGGGUCGGGACAAGAACGGGGUCUCGGUGGACAAAAACAACCCCAGCAAGCAGUCCACCCUCUACCACCAAGAGCAAGAACAGAAGGUUCAGGGCAUCCUGGAGGCCUGGCUCUACCCUAGCAAGCCUGACAAGACCAUAGGCCCCACGUCCCAAGCCUUAUCCCUCUCAGCCUGGGUGUCUCAACCAGCCUCCCAGGGGGAGGAGAAGGCCAGCAGGGUGGAAGACAGCUCCCAGUUGAAAGGCCCCAAGUGGGUGAACCCCUUCAGCAUACCACUGCAGCCAGAGUUCUGGCUCGUACCUGCGAAGACCCACAGUAGCACUGCUGUCAGACAGAGACAGGAGAGCACAAAGGAGCAACCCAACACAGAACCAGAGGAGGACAAGUGGCUUCUACGCAAGCGGGCCAAUGCUCAGGAGCGACUUGCCCCUCCAACAGUAUGUGAUCUAUUUUCCUGUAUGAAAAUCGGUGGAGACCAAGAGAAGGGGCUACACCGUGCACCUAUACAGAUGUAAAAGCUGUAACCAGUAGCUUUUUGAGGAGAUUUUUAGGAUUCUAUUGUGGAGCCACUUUAAUGCUGAUCGUCGCGCACAAUGUCUUGAUUAACUUUUUCCUCCAAUGCUCGUCUGGGUCUCAUUCCCCCCUCUCUCUCUCUGAGAUGUGCCUCUAGUCUGAAGUAGAGGCUGGGGUUUGUGGAUGUACUGCCAUCUGGAUUUUCUUGAAUUUGUCUUCUAUAAUCGUAGUGUUCUCAAUGUCAAGCUAGCAAGAUGGGCCCUUGGAUCUAAAGCUAACUCACAAUGUGAUUUUGAGAAUCUCUAUUCUCGAGAAAGUACCAGCUCAAUACAUGAAUGUUUGGUGUGAGGGAGGUGAGAUUUUAUUUUAAGAAACCUUUUUUAUGGAAUGCGGUAAAGAGUUGUCACGCAUACAUCACUAGUGGUAUUCACAGAAUUCCAUCAGUCUGUGACUAUCUAGUUUUCCCCCAUACUCAAAUAAGACUAUCAGGUAAUGUAAGCUACACUUUGAUUUCUAUUUCCUAGUAUAUGUUUUCUUCCGAUCUGGUGAAAUAUUAUUUUGUCUUAAACACCAGUAUAGCUUUCUCUUAAAUGGCUUCAAAAUAGUCAUCUGAAUUACAAGCUUAACCUAAAGGCGUUCUCCAUGACCAAUACAUCUACAUUUAUCGCACUACCAUAACUCUAUAGUUCUGGUUUAUGUGCCUCAAGUUUGCUUCAUUGUAUUUAGUGGAUACGUUGUGAAAACAGUGUUGGUUUUCCUGUCCUGUAUCCCCUGUGAGUUGAGAUUGUAUCACUGCUGUGCAAGAGUUGAUUGUUUUCAUGUUGCAAAUAUGCAAGCUGAAAACGUUGUGCCCAAUAUAGUAAUUCCAUUGAAAUUACUUUCGAUUGGCUGAAUCGAACGAGGCAAACGACUACUGCGUAAUCACGGUAGAACCGAUCAAAAAUAACACCUUGUAUUGAUAACCACUGAUAUGUCUUUCUGCAUAUUACCUCUGUAGAUGUCUCCAUAGUGGGUAAAUCAAAGGUAUUGUACAUGGCUCUUGAAGUGCAAUGGGGAGUUGGAGAGGAGAAACACAAUGGUGCUUGAUGAAUGCUUCUAAUUGUUUUUUCCCUGUUCAUUUUUAACAUAUUACCAUGACGUACUAUCAAUAUGAUCGCUUAGCUAACCUUCUCUGCUGUUGUACCAUAUUUAACUCUUAAUAAAAACAACACCUUGA